UGUAGCCUUGUGUCUUCCACUGUGUGUUUUCCUGUUUCCUCUCAUGGUUCAUUUUUAAACGAAGAAAGCUUUGUCCGCAUCAUUAAAAGUAUAAGUGUAAAGAAACUAGAAAUUAAGUAUGUGCGGUGAAGAUCGGGUGGACCACACUUUCCAUCGAGAGGCGUAACAUUUGUCCAAGGAGUUUCAUGCGCUCAGGCAAGGUGGAGUACAAGGGAACUUACUUCUCCGCAUUAUUCGAGAAUAGCGACGCAUAUAGAAAGAAUAUAGAAAGACUGACUGUUUUUCCUGAUAUUUUGUCGCAGCUUUCCAUUUUUAAUAUUUAAAGAGGCUGGAUCUACAUAACUUGAAAAGAAGGUUGUAUGAUGAAAAAAGGGAUUCGUGGGUUACUGAUGAAAAUCACUGUCCGUUCCUGGAUGCAGGAAACUGUAUUAAUGCGCAAGACAGCGUAAAGUUCGGACCAAAUUCUCCUGACAUCGGUUCGCCCAAAAGAAGAAUGGUGAAUACAGCCCUUUGCGGAUGCCAUGACAGGCAGCAGAAGGUCCUGUCCCAUGUCCUGCUCUCUGUUCUGGUCCUGCUGGCUUACCUAGGGGUAACUACCAUGACAACAGCGAUGACUUCAAAAACCACAGCUAGCACUCCUACAUCUGGCCCAGGAAUCACCUAUCAAAGAAAUAUGUCUUCAACAGUGAUAAAUAACACAACAAUGACGAAGACUUCAAUAACCCAAAGAAGCUCUAAUUUUACAUCUGGAUCCACCAAUCCAACAAACACGUCUUCAAAUAUCACAACAAUGUUGAUGACCUCAACAGACACAACUAGCUUUUAUUCGCCAACAGCUUCAACACCAACACAUUGCAACUUCUCACAACAAUGUGACGAUCACUCUGUCUACUACUGGAUGACAAUCAGUGUUGAAGUAACUGGAACAUUUUCUGAUGAGGCCAAAAUUGCUAUGUGGCUCCAGCAACUGUUCAGAGAGAAACUAGGAAAAUGUAACUCUAGCACCAGUCUAGACAGCAACAACAUGGGCAUGUUGAGCUCUGGUGCCUCUGUACAAAGCAACAGCUCACUUACUACAGUUCACACACCAGAAAACAGUGUGAGACAAAUUGGAACUACAACCAACCUCCUUAAAAACAUUGAGGUCAUGUGCGAUAUUAAGACUAGUAAUGAGACACAAUGCAAUGUCGUGCUGCAGUUGACUCAGGAAGCUGAUCAGUGCUGCAUAGUGAGUAUAGUGGACAACUCGACCGUGCAGGCCCAUGUGGUUGGAGACAAAAUAGAGAAAGUGGCAAAAGGGCUUUGUGUCAUGAAUGCUACAGCAUCUCCUGCUGGAAACUUUGAGAAGUGCAAUGGUUUUCUGACCUCAGGGAGUUUCUGUAAUUCAAAUGUGGCAGUUAAUAUCUCUUGUAGUGGACAGAGUGGGACAGUGUAUGUUUCACAGGGUAUUCAACAUGGGAGGAACUGCAGCUCUUCUGCUGGUAACAGUGUAAAUCCAAUAAACACCUGUUCUUGUACAGCUUACUGCAAUAGCCCUGCUGCCUAUUACACUAUGAACAUUACAAUAGUAGACUCCAGCUUUAAUAUUACACAGAUUGGAUCACUGAUUUCUCAUCCAAAACCUUGCAACACAGAGAUACAUAAGUACAUUAAUACCAUAUACACUUAUUUCUUGCCUUUAACACUAGGCCUUAUUCUGCUACUAAAAUAUAUUCCUGUUUCUACAUUUAGUUCUGGUUGCCUAGUUCUGCAUAAUAUUUCUAAGAUGUAUGACAGCUUUACAGUGCAGUGUGGACCACAACCAAAUGUGAACAAUUGCACUGUCAUUUUGAAAUUGACGAAGGCAGUGGAUACAUGUUCAGUAGGCUCAGCAUUACUCACUGCAUUUCAAAACGAAAGCGCUAUCCAUGCCUUCGGCAUUGUUACCAGAGUUGCAAAAUCAUGUAUCUCGGAAAAUAGGACAAAUAUAGAUCCUAUACAGUUAAAUAUGGAAAGUCUGGUAUAUUUCAACCUUACCCUUUAUGACAUCUGUAAGGUGAACUUGGACAGACCUCUGGGUUCCUGCAUGCUCCCGCCAGAAGUAUGUCACCUAGUUAUAACCAUAAACCAGACCACAAUUCAGAAUGUCACAACUACACUGACACCUACAGUGGUUAAUGCAACGCUCACCACCAACACAACUAACCUCAACACCACAGCCUCUACGACCAGCGCAGAAGCAGCAGCUGAAGCUCUGAAGAACAUGAGCAAAAAUGUUCUUUCUCUGAGCUUUGCUCAAAUAGAGGAUAUCAUGUCUCAGCUAGAGCAGAUUCUAGCACAUUCGCCCAAUGUUAGCCUGAAUCUGGGGACAUCGUGUAUUGACACUGUAAGCAAUCUGCUAGAUGCAUCGCCGAACACACUGGCACCCCUUUCAAAGAGGAUCAUUAGGCUUGUGGACACGGUUGGCUUGAAGCUGGUUGUGCAGAGCCAGAUGGCAACUAUUCUUGCUCAAUCUCUGGCUCUGGCUGUGAAAAAGGUGGAUGGGACAGCUUUUCCGCAGACCACAUUUACUAUGAUUGACUCCUCAGACCUGCAGAUUGACAGCGGCCGCAGACGCAGGAGGAAUACAGAGACCAGGUUCCUCUCCCCCCAGGGCUCUGUCUUGCUCCCCGCCUCCCUCACGAAGAACCUCACCACUCAGGAGCAGCAGAUGGCCUCCAGAGUCCAGUUUAACUUCUACCAGAAGAGCACUCUUUUCCAGGACAAAGCACUCAACCCAAACAAAAGCAUGCUGAUUAGUGGAGUUCUAUCUGCCAGUGUGGCCAACCUGUCCAUCUCCAAUCUGACAGACAACAUAGUAAUAACUUUGAGAAAUACGAAGAGUUCCAUGUCCUAUACGGAAAACUAUACACUAUCUUGUGUAUUUUGGGACUUUUACUUAAAUGGUGGUGCUGGUGGCUGGAGCCCUGAAGGCUGCAAAGUGAUGAACCGCACUGCUAAUGAGACGGUGUGCAGCUGUAACCACCUCACCGGCUUUGGGGUGCUACUGAACAUUUUCCAGGAGGGGCCACCAAAUCCUCUGCAGGCCCUGAUCCUGUCCUACAUAACUUAUAUUGGCUGUGGAAUCUCUGCGAUUUUCCUUUCCAUUACCCUGCUCACUUACCUGUCUUUUGAGAAACUGCGUAAAGAUACCCCAUCCAAGAUCCUCAUCCACUUGUGCUUGGCUCUGCUGAUGCUCAAUCUUGUGUUCCUCUUGGACUCUUGGCUGGCUCUGUAUGCAAAUGCUAAGGGUCUCUGCAUCUCUACUGCCUUCUUCUUGCACUACUUCCUAUUGGCCUCUUUCACUUGGAUGGCCUUGGAGGCGGUACACAUGUACAUUGUCUUUGUGAAAGUCUUUAACACAUAUGUUUCCCGCUUCAUGGUCAAAUUAGGAUUUGCUGGCUGGGGCAUUCCUCUGGUUGUGGUCAUCAUUGUCAUAGCCACCGAUGAAAACAACUAUGGACUAGUGUCCUAUGGGAAGGUCGACAAUGAAUACACAAAUGACUUCUGCUGGUUGAAGAGCGAGAUCGCCUUCUAUGUGGGUGUGGUGGUAUAUUUCUGUGUUGUCUUCCUGAUGAACUUAACCAUGUUCAUUGUAGUGAUGGUUCAGCUUUGUCGCAUAAAGAGACAAAACCCCCAUAGCGUACAGUACCGGAGCAGUCUGCAGCAGCUUCGAAGUGUGGCUGGACUCACCGUGCUCCUGGGCCUCACCUGGGGCUUUGCCUUCUUUGCCUGGGGAGUUCUCAACCUGCCCUUUAUGUACCUGUUUGCCAUCUUCAACUCGCUACAAGGGUUCUUUAUCUUUGUGCUCCAUUGUGCUGUCAAAGAGAAUGUCAGAAGACAGUGGAGGACAUACCUAUGUUGUGGAAAGUUCAGGCUGCCAGAAAACUCAGAAUGGAGUCACACUGCCACUCAGAAGAACAAGAAAUCAUCUGUGAAUAGGUUUGCCACCUCGUUCCGAUCAGUGCAAUCAUCUAAGUCCAACCACUCUUCCAGCAGCACAACCUUCCUGGUCAGCGACAGCUCAGGAGCAGACCAUCACCUGGGGAUCAGCAAUCCAUAUGAUGACAGAGCAAUCACAGCACAGGAGGAGCACAGCUUAGAUGUAAUACUCAAUGAGAUCAACCACAGGCACAGGGGCCAGAGAUUACACUGACCAGAGAUCGCACUGACCAGAGAGUCAUCUGUGUGUUGGAAUGCCAUAUAUUUUAUGAAUCUUGUAUUAUGUAUAUGUUGUGCAUAAUAAACAUCUGAUAUUUAUAACAUUACUAAACUUUAUAAAAUGCAAGUGAAUUAUAAUACAAAUGAACUUUGGCUCUAUGGCAUUAAACUAUUUAUUAUUAUAUACCAUUUAAAUAAAAAGACCAUGUCUUUUG